UCAUUCGUUGCAAAGAGGGCAUAAGACUGCGGUGAUGAAGUCGUUAACUUUGUUCAGCUUGGCAUACGCUGUAGCCACUAUCAAACCAGCUCAUUCCUUGGCCUUUCCGACUCCUGUAGUUGAGCUCGCGUGGGAAGAUGGCGCUUUGGAACCUCGACAAGCCAGCAGCACCACACGCGUACCGGAUGCUGCGUGCACGAAUGGACCGAAUACCAGAGCCUGCUGGAAGACCGGCUUCAGCAUCGCAACAGAUUUCGACGCGAAGCUCCCACCUGAAGGAAAGACUGUGACAUAUAAUCUCGAAAUAACCAAUACCACUAUGGCACCAGACGGCUACGAGAGGCUGAUCAUGGCUAUUAACGGCCAAUAUCCUGGUCCAACACUCUAUGCAGAUUGGGGAGAUACCAUGGUUGUUAAUGUCAAGAACUCACUUCAACAUAAUGGAACGAGCAUUCACUGGCACGGGCUGCGACAACUCAACUCUUGCCAGCAUGACGGCGUUAAUGGUGUUACUGAAUGCCCGAUAGCACCUGGCUCGACAAAGCAAUAUGUAAUUCGAUGUACGCAGUUCGGAACGUCCUGGUACCACAGCCACUUCUCAGCGCAGUAUGGCGAUGGAGUCGUGGGUGCAAUCGUGAUUAAUGGCCCGGCAAGCGGAAACUACGACCUCGACUCUGGCACCCUGGCAAUCACAGAUUGGUACCACGAAACGGCAUUCACGCUCAAUAAACAGGCCAUGCAUAGCACUAGAGGUCCUCCCACUCCUGUCGGUGGACUGAUCAAUGGAACUAUGAAGUCUGAGCAUGGCGGCGCUUACCACGUCACAAAAUUUACAAAAGGCAAACGACACCGGCUGAGGCUGAUCAACACGGGUAUCGACAACAUCUUCCAUGUCUCCAUCGAUAACCACAACUUCACAGUCAUCACAUCUGACUUCGUUCCUAUCAAGCCCUAUACCACGAAUUCCGUCGCAAUCGGAAUUGGACAGCGCUACGACAUCAUUGUCAAUGCUAAUCAAGCAGUGGGGAACUACUGGCUACGGGCAGACGUCGGAACAGCCUGUGGAAGAAACGCGCAACCAAACAACAUUCUCUCCAUCAUUCGCUACGAAGGUGCCUCUACCGACGAUCCAACCUCCACCAACACGAUUACAAAAUCCACAGCCUGCUACGAUGAGUCCGUGACACCAUAUGUCUCCAACAUCGUGCCAGCCGAUGAAUUCGACACAGCCAUAAAAUCCUUCAUCGUGGACUUCAACGGAACCACGACUGCAGACGGCGGAUCUCUAGUCCAGUGGCUCGUCAACGGCAGCGAUAUCCGCGUGAAUUGGCAACACCCUACCCUCCAAAACGUCCUCGACGGCAACUACACCUUCGAAUCCAAAACCAACGUCUUCGAAAUCGACCGUCCCGCCAACGCCUGGACAUUCUGGGUCAUACAAGCCGACCAAAGCGACGUAGUCCAACUCCCCCAUCCCAUCCACCUCCACGGCCACGACUUCUACAUCCUCGGCUCAGGAUCCGGUCUUUUUGAUGGCGACAAAUCCGGAUUAAAAUUCACAAACCCCUCACGUCGCGACACGGCCACAUUACCUGCGGGAGGCUAUCUCGUCGUAGGUUUCCCUGCUGAUAAUCCGGGACUGUGGUUGAUGCAUUGUCAUAUUCCUUGGCAUGUGGGACAAGGGCUUUCGAUGCAGUUUUUGGAACGUAAGGAUGAGAUUCUGGGGGCGCUGGGGAAUCUGGGGGAUUUUGAGAAGACUUGUGGGGAUUGGAGGGGUUGGUGGGGGACAAGAGCGUUCGGUCAGGUGAAGACGGGAGUCUGUCAUCUCUCACCUGCCUCAUGA